CUGAACAAAAAUCGUUGCAAAUUAGCGUAUGAUUUGUCAUAUGAACCACAAGAAAACCUAACGAUUACAUUUUCGAAGAGUAAUCAUCCGAAUAACAAGUUAAUGCCAAAUCGAAUGAUUUGAUGUUUAUAUCGGAGUGAACACUCAUCCGAUUUUCGAAGGAUGAAUACAGCUUCAAAUGUAUUGCUUGCAUUCAGCAAUAGAAAGCUAUGACGUUUAUGAUGAUCAUUCCAAAUGUCAACAGAUCAUCAUUCCCAUUACAUCUGUUUUCAGUCUGAGGGCUGACUCAAAUGACAGACAUUUGAUACAUUACGCCAUUUUGUAUAUCCUCGCAUUCAAUCAAGAUGGAAUUGCGCAUUAUCGACCAAAAUUUCAACCAUUUAUUAAAAAUUGCGAACCAACUAGAGCUACCAGUGCGAAUUGUAUUUGCAAUAAGUGAUAACAAUAUACCAGCGGAAAAGUUUUUCUGCAUGACGGCACAAGAAUGGUCCGACCUCCUACAAGGAGUUGAUGGUGAAUUCAUUUGCAGUCGUAUUGCUGAUUGGAAAAAUAAUUCGAAUGAACAGUCAUUGCACUGCCAGGAAGACUCUUUGGAAGAAUCAGCUAAUGUCUUGGGAAAUGCUCGGAGAACCGUUUUUCGAGAUCUGAGCAAUACAGAUUUACCAAAACAACGCACUCCACAACGAACUUCAACAUCUAUGGAUUUGAUUAACACAGAGAAUAAUGCAUCUUCCGAUUUCGGUGAAUCAUCAUCGUCAUCAUCAGAUACCGCUGAGUCGUCUGGACAGGCCAUUGAUUUCUCGCGACAUUCAGCAAAGGCAACAAGGAGCACCGGUAGAGCGGUUCGUGGUGGCACUUUAGGCCGAUUUUUUACACCGAACAAGUUGAAAAAUCUUUUAAGCGCCACGAAAGUUGGUUCAGCAAUCAUACAGAAUGCCAAUCGUGGCACGUUAUCGAAAGAUAGCAAAAAGGAACUCAGCGAAAUCAUUGCUCAUCACCACAUUAGCUGGUUAAACGAUUGUGAUGGACUGAAUAAAAGUACUCUAACGAAAGUCGAGUUGCAAAAUUACACAGAAUGCAUCAUGCAUUUAUUUCCACGGGAAGUGCAGGAUAAGCUUAUUUAUUAUAUCCCAUCUGCUCCUCCAGAGAGAAGAAAUCCAGGUGGUUUGUUAUAUCAGACAUAUAGAAAAUUGAAAUACGCUGCAAGAAAUCGAGAACAGAGAGAGUUACGUCACCAACAGAAACUACAAAAAGAAGUAGCCGUUGAAGUAGAUCAGCGUUCAUUACAGGCCUGUCGAUGGCUGCAACUGAACCAACGGCCAUGGGAAUUGGUACUUAGCAACUGGAUAAUAAGUGCCGAAUGUCGUUUGAAGGAUUUGAAAACUCUUCGUUUCGAUGCUGUGAUUGCCAAAUACGGACAUUAUUGCAAUGAUUUAGGAUACCAACUCGUGGAUGAAGAUUAUCGGAUACUAGGAUACACCGAAGGAAUUCUUGGUUGGGAAGGAGUGAUAUCGUCAAUGAAACCGUAUUUUAUACUUAAAGUCAAGGAUGAAUUUUCCAUCGCAAUUUUGCAGCACAUGAAUCGAGCCAACGUUACAAAAGAUACGCUAAUUUGUUGUACGUUGAUGCUAUUGAACUGCUGCGUCCAGCCUUGCAAAGUGUCUAAAACUUUCAAACCAUCGAUUCUAACAGCACAGGAAGAUGUGUUUGUUUUUGCGAACGAUUUAGAAUCUGCCAAAAGAUCGAUUAGUGAAUUACUUGACACCUACGCUGCCAAGAACAUUCCAACACAUCCUAAGGUGGUUGUUAUUGGAACAGACUACACUGCGUUGAGCGGAGAUUUUUACAUCAUUUUCAAAGACAUCGUCUAUCAGUUCAAUUCACUUGCUCGUGCUAUUGAUGUAAUAAUUAAACUGUGCAACGUAUUCAAGCUUCCAUACUCGAAAAUUACGAAGCUAGUGUGGUACGUAAUCGAAGAAACUCUCUACAAUAUUUCAAGACCCGCAAAAUAUAAAGGUAUUGAAGAUCUGAAGAAACUCUGCGAUGCAGCGUUGUGACCAGUUCAAAUGUUUCGUUGAGGGUUGUGAUGAAUAUGCUGAAGAUACCACUGUUUACAUUACACACAUUAAAGCACAUAACUUAAGCAAACCACUAAAACUACGUUGUACAUACCAAGACUGUACUCAGAAAAUGUCCAAUUUAUAUAAGUUCCAUCGUCACAUCAUAACUCACGUUCGUUCAGUAGAUACACACUCUAACACUGAAAUCAACUAUAAUCGAUCAGUAGAUAAUAUCGCAAAGCAUAAAAGGACGACGCCAUUGGCGAACUCCAUCGAAGAAUCUACUGAUUGCGAGCCUUCAACUGGUGGUAGAGAUCAGAGUUACAUAUGUGAAUCAUUACUUGCCAUUGAUCGUUUGGCGGUAAACUUUUCACUUGAUUUACAUCGAAAACGUAAUUUGACCCGUAAGGAUGUCGUGGAUAUACAGAAUGCCGUUACAACUAUAAAUAGUUAUCUCCAAAAUAUAAUCAAAACAUCAACGCCACUUUUUGCAUCGGUAGACCCAGACCAAACAUUUCUAUACGAAACUUUCGUGAACAAGAUAUCGACCCUGUUUGAUUUCAUAGGAACUGAGCAUAAACUGUUUAGGUACCUUGAACAGGCCGAUUUGUUUAAAAUACCUCAAGUAUAUACAAUACACAAUAAUAAAAUCAAUUUAGCUGUUGAUUUAGAAUUAGAAAGCUUGGGAAACCAAUCACAUUUGGUUCUUAUGGAUUUGGAAUUUCAAAUCAGAAAGUAUUUUGAAAACGGUCAGGUUUACGAGAAAACAAUUAGAAAUAUGCGACUACUAACGACAAGUGUGAAAAAUAGUAAUUUUAUUAACGGUUCGGUUUAUAGAAAAGUGCAAGAAAAAGAUCCGGGAAGGCUUCUGAUACCACUAUUUUUGUACGGAGAUGAGUUCGAGGUCAACGAUCCGCUCAGUUCUCAUAACAAGAGGCAUUCGUUGUUCGCUAUGUAUUACAGUUUCCCGACGAUACCGGAACGCUACGCAGCUAAGCUUUCAAACAUUUUUGUCGCUGGUGUGAUAAGGAAAAUUGAUUUUUCGGGUCAUGAUAUUGAUAUGUUUAUGAUAUAUAUAAUAGAUAAGAUGAAAGCGAUAGAACAGAAUGGAAUUCUUAUUACCACAGGGAAUACAAAUGUUAAAGUACAUUUCGCAUUAAUGUUAAUACAAGGAGAUAACCUAGGAAUUCACCAAAUGUUAAAAUUUUCAGGUUCAUUUUCUGCUAAUUUUUAUUGCAGGUUUUGCAAAAGAAGCAAAGACCAACUCAGUAAAGAUCUUAUAGAGUACGAAACAUAUUUAAGGAAUAAAGAUAAUUAUCAUACCGACGUGCAAUUAAAGCAAUCAGACUCCGGAUUAACAGGAUAUUCAUUGUUCAAUACAUUGCCGUCUUAUAGCGUUGUUGAAAAUUUAUAUUGCGACAGUAUGCAUGAUUUAUAUAGCUCCGGAGUGUGUAUGUAUGGUUUCACAGAAAUAAUUAGCUAUAUCGUUCACGAGAGGAAGUUUUGUACGAUCAGUCAGAUGAAUAUGCGCAGAAAAGAACUUAACAAUUUCAAGUUUGAGGAAGGUUUAUCACGAAUGCCAGAUUUAGAAGAUAACAGACGAAUUAAAUCGAUAACACUAAGAAUGACAGCUAGUGAAAUGGCUGCCUUCAGCAACUUCUUUUCAUUCAUAUGCGGACCCUUUGUUCCUUUGCAAGAUCCAGUAUGGCAUUAUACUACCACUUUGAUGAAACUUAUAGAUACAAUAAACCUGCCAGCUUUUUCAGAAAAAGAUUUGGAAUUAUUGAAUUGUCUUGUUAGCGAGCAUCAUCGUUUAUACCAACAUUUGUUUAAAAAAAGUUUGAAACCUAAACAUCAUUUUCUAAACCAUUACGCUAGCGUUAUUAGAAGUAGCGGACCAAUAAAAAAAAUGUGCUGUAUAAGACACGAAGCCCGUCAUCGCGACUUCAAGGAAUAUUUCAAUGUAACAUCUUCUCGAAAAAACGUUUGCCUUACAAUGUGUAUUAAAGCAAGUCUUUUCUUCUCCUAUGAUGUUAUAAAUGAAACAUUUUUACAAACCAAGACCGAUGGAAAAUUUGUAGAAAGCGUAUGGUGUACAAAACCGUAUGCAACAACCAACUUGCUAAGUACAAUCGAAAUCGAUGCUAACGAACUAGUGUUGUCAUGUGACUCACUAACGUACAAAAAUACAAUCUACAAGACAGGUAGUUUUUUAUCAGUUACUGUAGAUACAACUGUAGAACUAUAUGAGAUAAUAGAAUGCAUUAAUCAUAGAAAUACAUGGUUCGUAGCCGCCCACCAUUGGCGAGUUAAACAUUAUGAUGAACAUUAUCAAGCUUACGCUGUAGAUAUAAAGCUUGACCUUAAGAGUAUUUUAGAUUUAAACAUAUUUGAUGGUCCUCCAUUUCUUCU